AUGAGAAGCAGAACUUUAGAGAAGUGUUGCUAGCUGUUUGAGCGGGUAAACAAAAACAACAGGACUACCGAGGCGUAACGAUAACGACAGAUAACUGCAGGAGUUAGGAAACAACAGCUGUGAAGUAUUUCCUGUUUAACGUUCCUCGGGUAAACUGUUAUUUUAGCGGCAGCUUUGAAGCGGAAUUGGGGAGUAAUGUUUCAAAGUUGCUAAGCUAGUUAAUAGACGUCCACCUCAUUAGCUUAAGCUAGCUUGCAAAUUCAGCAGUAUGACUGCAAGAAAAACUAAGAAAAAUGAUGCCAGCCUCCCUUUUGCUGCACUCCAGCUCCUGGCCCCGCCUGUGCGCCUGGUGUCUGCAGCCCUGUGGAAGGUGAUGGAGCAGAGGGAUGUGAUGCACUAUGGGGUUGUGGAGGAAUUUGUGACCUCAGCAUGUGAGACUGUCCCCGGGCUGCUCACUGUGAGACACCAGGGCAAGCUGGCACUGGGGCUGAGAGCACGGUUGAUCAUGGAGCUCUGCUCUACACAGCCGGAUAAAAAGGAGAUAAUGUCACAUCUGGAAAGGAUCCGUGCUCCUGCUCCUCUGUCAACCUCCUCUGCAACUACUAAAAAGAGGGAUUUAAAAAUCAUGAAUACAGUGGAAGGUUUCCAAUCAUUGGUUCACUCGCUGCUAACAGACACAACAAGGAGGAAACAUUUCUUCAAGGAGGAGUUUCCUGUGGAUUAUGGUCAGAAGUUUGACCAGGAGCUGGAGAAGCUGCUGUGGGAGUUUCUGAUCCGACUGGACCAGUUCUUCCCAGUUCCCAACCUUGCUCAGACUGUGUCGUGGCUCACUGAGACCCCCUCCGUCCUGGAGGCGUGUGCGCGGGCGGCCAGCCAACCCCAGCUGCUGCAGACACUGCUCCAGCAUCAGACCUGCCUGGGCCACCUGGAGACUGCAGCAUCCCUCCCUCCAAACAUGGGAGACUCCAUCCUGACUUCCCUCUCCCCCUCUGGAAAAGUGCCUUCAGAUCCUCCAACAGGAGCCACUAACUCUUUUUACCAGUCUUACAACACACAGACAAGAGACAAAACCCCAUUUAUUAAACCUGUUAUCGGACUCAUAUCUAAUCAAGAUGUACCAUUUAUGAUCAGGACACAGAGAAGGGAAGAGCAAGCAAAGGACGCAACCAACGAGCACUCAAACCCAAAAGAGAACUUGAAAUUCACUGCGAUUAAACCGAAACUCAAGGACGAUGGAACGAUCAAAGGUGAAGAACAAGUGGAAGAGGAGAGGAAGGAAAGCAACGGAAUGAAACGCAAGCAACCUGACAUGAUGGAAAGUGAAUCCGAUGAGGAGGAGGAGGAGGAGGAAAUAUUAGGCAUGACUAUAUCUGGGAAAAAGAGGAUAAGCAACACGACAAGUGAGAGAGUAGAUGACAGAGCAGCUCUUAAGACCUGUAUGAUGCAGCUGGGCGUCAAAAAGCUGCCUGAAGACCCUUCCCUCUGCUCCCUUUUUGUCUCUUGUCUGAGGAGCCAACCCAAAGUUAUUUUACACAAGCUGUCGGUGUCUCCUGCGAGCCCCAACAGGACUAAAUCCUCGUCUGUGAAGCAGCAGAACCAGAGGAGGACGUCCCCGGUUAAAACUCCAACACGCAAACUCAACCAAACUCAGAGGCCUGGCUCGGAGCGUCCCGGCCUGGACGAUAAAGAGACACAGAGAAGGGAAGAGCAAGCAAAGGACGCAACCAACGAGCCCUCAAACCCAAAAGAGAACUUGAAAUUCACUGCGAUUAAACCGAAACUCAAGGACGAUGGAACGAUCAAAGGUGAAGAACAAGUGGAAGAGGAGAGGAAGGAAAGCAACGGAAUGAAACGCAAGCAACCUGACAUGACGGAAAGUGAAUCCGAUGAGGAGGAGGAGGAGGAGGAGGAGGAGGAAAUAUUAGGCAUGACUAUAUCUGGGAAAAAGAGGAUAAGCAACACGACAAGUGAGAGAGUAGAUGACAGAACAGCUCUUAAGACCUGUAUGAUGCAGCUGGGCGUCAAAAAGCUGCCUGAAGACCCUUCCCUCUGCUCCCUUUUUGUCUCUUGUCUGAGGAGCCAACCCAAAGUUAUUUUACACAAGCUGUCGGUGUCUCCUGCGAGCCCCAACAGGACUAAAUCCUCGUCUGUGAAGCAGCAGAACCAGAGGAGGACGUCCCCGGUUAAAACUCCAACACGCAAACUCAACCAAACUCAGAGGCCUGGCUCGGAGCGUCCCGGCCUGGACGAUAAAGAGGACGCUCCGAUGAGGCCGAUCACCGAUCACCGGAGUCAGAAUCGGCCGAUACCGAUCGCCGAUCCGAUCAUAGGGAAUCACCCUGUAUUGCCCGGUGUAAUCGGCUCUCCUUCUCAACAACGCAGUAACUCAGGUACAUCCGCCCGUCCUGGAGACACUGAAGACUAUGUCGCGGAUUCUGAAGACGAAGCAACGAAGAACUUCAAAGUUAGGCUGUUCACAAAGCGCUACUACAAGACCAAACACGGCACAUAUGUCCCCACUCUGAGGGAGUACUGGAAGCCUGGGAUGACACGGCGGGACUUGUCUUCUGCUGGCGGCAAAAACAGACGAUGAAAUGGAAUAUUGACGCCAAGUUUGGUGGUCAUGUGGUUUUUUGCCUACAGCCACAUCGACCGAAAAGCCAAAAAUAAAUCUAUAUGCACCAGCCACUGAAGCUGACGACAUUUAUUUAAGACAUCUGUUUCUCUUGGCUCAGGACGUCACCCUAGCUGAGUCAGAUUUUUAUUUUAAUCAGUGGUUUGUCAUCAUGGAAUACAAGCCUUAAAAUAGCAUGAUGACUUAUUAUGGGCACUUUUGUAACGUUUUUGAAAUCGUUACCGUACAGUAUUGUUUGUAUGUGGAUCAUCUCCAUUACAUUUAUUACAUUUUUUCAAUAUUUAAAAUAAAGGUUGUUAACAUUGUGCAUGCAUUUCAUUCACCAUGUUGGGAUCACAUUGCUGGACUGUGGACACAUAAUGGGAAUAAAUAAAAUUAAUGCAAUUUGAGAUGUGUGGAAGUAAUAAAGAAACAGUUUGAAAAA